AUGUCGUCUUCACUUCCCAUGGAAAUAGCAUCUACCAUCCAAACUGCGUCCAUAAACCGCGCCCCAUCGCCCUCUCACGACCUCAAUCCGUCAACAGCUGUCUCACAAAAGCUCCCCGUCACUCUUGAGCACCCCGACCCCUCUCUCGACGGAUACGCCUACGACUCCGACGGCGUCGAUGGCUCCGAAGUUGAAGCAGAUGGAGAAGAGGAUAUUCCAUACAGUGUGCUGAAACCAUUGCCUCGGCGGCAAAGCUUUCCCCCGUUACCUGAUUUGAGGUUCGAGCAGAGCUAUUUGUCUAGCAUUAGGAAUGCGGAGAGUAACUGGAGUGUGGCAUUCAUCACUUUCAGAGAUCAGCUUGUUCUCCCGCUUGUCCAAGGCAUGGUCUGGUCUCUUGCUCUCCAAGGGUGGCGAUACUGGAACCGCACUGCGCAACUCAGUGGUAGCUCUGUAGGGUCAAAAUUCCGUCGCUGGUGGUACAGAACAAAUAACUGGAAGUUCCCGGCAAGGAUGAGGGAAUUUGGGGGCAAUGCGAAGCUGGCUGCGGACAUGGGAGACUAUUAUCAGAAUCAGAGCUCGAGCGAUUGA